CACAGUGUGUUCUCUUUACUCAGGGAGAAGCAGCUCCCCUGGAUUACUCCGAGACCCUGCGGCUGCGAGGACGAAAACAAGAAGACGUGACUGAGGGAGAGAGAGAGAGAGAGAGAGAGAGAGAGAAAGAAAGAAGGAAGGAAAGAAGAUCCAUCCUAACCCAUUGUCCCACCCAGAACUGGAAAAGAAGAGCUGUUGCAUGUAAGCCAAACCCACAGGACUGAAAGGAGAGAUAGAGGACAGGACUGGUCCAGCCGUCUGUCUGCUUUUGGGGUCUUCUCUGUUCCCACCAGUCACCGGAGCAGCCAGGAUGGAGGGGGAGAUGAAGGAGAGGAGGAAGAUCCAGUUCUCUGUGCCCUCUGCUGUGCCCACCCAGCUGGACCCUAAACAAGUGGAGAUGAUUCGGCGACGGAGACCAACGCCUGCGACCCUCUUCCGUAUGACUGACCAUCCAUCCCCAGAGGAGGAGAAUCCAGGCCAUCAGUUGGCUGUUUGUGAUAAUGGACUUUUGAUGGGAAAACGAGUAAACACAUCCAUCUAUCAGCCCCCGUCACUCACAGCGGUUCAGAAGAUGGUGGAAGCUCACAUGCAGUCAGAAACAGGCCAAGACAGUCCUUCCUCAGAAACCUCAGACAACGAAGAGGCUUUCCCGGACUCAGAUAGAGAUGACUCAAGAUCUGAUGAGUUAGAGCAUCACCCAGGACACGAGGACACAGCUGAGGAACAGGACUCCACCCUCAGGCAUGCUCCCGGGGAAGACAAUGAGGGAGAACUACAGGAAGGAUUUCACAGGAAAGCAGAAACCAGAGAUAAUGGAGACAUUCAGAAAACGGCGCAAGCUGAAACCCCGUCUCUGAAGUUGGAGUCUAAUUACCUGUGCACAGAAUCACCUGAAAACACAGAGCUCCCCCCGAACCCUGUCACAGAUCUUCCAGAUGACACCAGAUCUGACCAAUCAGAAGAUCAAGAUCACUCUGCACCCGAGGUCACAGACAAGGGCACAGUCCCCACCCUGCUGUACGAUGCUCCAUGUGAAGGGGGGUCAGCUGAAACAGAAGACGAAGAGGAAAGAGUGGGAAAAAGUGCAGAAAGCCCAGAUAAGAGGAAGAGCAUGGAGAAAGGGGAAGACUGAGAUUACCUGAUGAAAUCAGUUGGUGUAUUGCUCCAUGUUAAAAUUAAAGUUAAGUGAAUUAUAUGAAUUUAUAAGAGAUGUAUUUUUAAAUGAGGAUAUACAGUAUGUACCUGAGGGUUUAAGCAGAUUAAGCAGGUCAAAUUAAAGCCCACAAUAUGAACAAGUGAUGAAGGAGAAGCUAAUAACACAGCAGCAGCAGCAGCACUCAGAACCACAGCACUGAGGACAGAUCUGCACAUCAAAAUACCAAACUCUGCAACUACAGGAACACACACUCACACACACACACACACACACACACACCGGAAAACAUAUUCAUACACAUUUUUCAAGCUUUUAACACAUAUUAUUUGCUGUCUCAAGUGCCUUGAUUAUAAGUGAAAAUUCUUGAAUGAUGUACAUGAAUAAGGAAGUACACACUAUAAAACAAUAUUAUAAUUAAAA